ACUGCCUCGGUCUCAUUAACUGGUGUUCAUUUCCUCUGCGGAUGCUUUCAGGCUCGGCUCCAGAGGUUUCGUUGAUAGGCCUGCCAGGCACAGCUAGACUGGCACUGUGACCUACAGCUUCCAGGUGGCUCUGUCCCCAGGUGCCAGCUUGGCAUCAGGAUACCCCAGGAUACUCAACUCUGACCCCCUCACCAACCAAUUCACUGUGUCUAUGAUCAACACUAACAAAGCACAGGUGACAGUAACAGGUACCACCAACCUGGAUUUUGAGAUGUCACCCAACAGCUUUGUUCUUCAAAUCCUCGCUGUGGACAGUACGGAGGACCUGGCACUCCAGAGACUCACAGUGAUCAUAACUGAUGUCAACGAACCCCCUGUAUUCCUAGAUGAAGAGCCUGUCCUGUAUGUUCUGGAGAAAUCCCCACCAGGACAGAUCUACAGGCCAACAGUCUCUGAUCCGGAGAACCAGCCUGUGACUUUUACACUGACCCCGUCAAACACAGAGUUUCGUAUUGAUGUUGGCUCAGGAUUCCUGACUACAACUAAACAGUUCAACUACCUGACUGACCCCAGAAGCUAUGCCUUCAACCUGACAGUGAGUGAUGGAAACAACAGCGUAUCCAGAACACUGGUCAUCAACAUCAUCAACAGGAACGAUGAUAAACCUCAGUUCCUAAAUACAAUCACAGACUUCACAGUCUCUGAGGAGCUGAGUCCAGGGUUUAUCGUGACCAACAUCACAGCAGUGGUGCCCGAUGACUCCUUGUACAUCAUCUACAGCAUCGGCACCAACAACUACCUGGCUAUACACAGAUACACUGGCCUGGUGACUAUAGCCAACAGGAUGGACCGUGACUCAGCGCCUCUCAGGGAGGACCCCGUAAUAACGGUCCUUGUGACAGCCACCCCCAGCCCCUCUGCUCCUCCCUCCAACACCAUCACUCUGACCAUCACCGUCACGGACAUUAACGACAACCCUCCCAUCUGCUCCCCAGACGCACAGAGGGUGGCAGUAUCUGAGACGGAAAAACCUGGGGCCCUGAUCACCACGGUAACGUGUACAGAUAACGACGUUGAGACGGCCUUCAGAGAGUUCCUGUUCACUGGCCUGUCCUGUCUGGGCUGCGCUAACCGCUUUGCUCUGGAACCCACGGGAUCCAAUCAGAUCGUACUCAAAGGAAACCUAGACCUUGAGGAUCCCAGUAACCUGCUUGAGGCUAAUGAAUACAGCCUGUUGGCUGUGGCUGAGGAUAAGGAUGAGUCCAACCUAAAAGGUAGUGCAUACAUCUAUGUGACGGUGACACCUGUGAAUGAGUUUCCCCCUGUGUUUAGUCCUCCAUCAUAUUUCUACAGAAUCUCUGAGCUUCUUGGACGUGGGACGGUGAUAGGAUCAGUGAAAGCUACGGACAGAGACCUCCCUGCCUACGGCGUCCGUUACUCCCUGAUCUCUGGUGGAGGAACGGGUGGUCCGCUCAUUGCCACCACUACGGUCACUAUCAACAUCACAGAGGCCAAUGACGAGCCUCCACUGUGUGGCCCCAACCAGACACAACUAAUAGUCCCCAAGGACCUGAGGACAGGCUCCAACAUCCAGGGCUUCAUCAUGACCUGCUCAGACAGGGACUCCCCUUCAGCCUCCUUCAUCUACUCUAUCUCGGGUACUGCCGGCCUCUAUAAAAGAUAUCAUAAGCUUGAUAUUUCCCCAAAAUGUUUCCCUAUAGGGGCCAGCAACCUGAAUAACCAUUUUGUGUUCUCACCUUCCUCUGGCACCAACGUCACCAGGCUCUUCCUGAAGGAGCCCUUUGACUAUGAGAGUGGCCUGGACCGGGUCUGGUACUACUGGUCAGAUAUGCUAACUACUAUCGGUGCUCUUAUCAGUCUGAACAGAACAACAAGACUACAGAUACUGUACAAUGCACUCUGCCUGACUGUGCUGGUUUCUGAUGGGAACCUGCGGUCUGCAGGGUCUGUGCCGAGAGGUCUGACCCAGACUGGCACAGUCAUCAUCAAUAUCCUAGUAGUGGACCCUGACCUCACCACCGUCACCACUACAACUAUAAUUUCCUCACAGCACAGACUAGCGCCACCACAGUUAACCUUUCCCUUGCAGCCUCGUGUAACAUACAUCACCGUCACAGAGAACACGUACAGCAUUGACGACUGGUAUAUAUGGUUUGUCAUUGCUCUGGGGACCGUGCUACUGCUUGGUUUACUCUCAUACCUGCUGUAUCACCUCUGUGGGAAGCUCUACAAGGCUCUUAAGCACAGUGACUGCUCCUGCUGCGAAACCAGGCCCCGGGAAGACCAGGAAGUACUGAUCCCAGAACCAACACCUCCAAAGAGGGAAAUAUUAAUGGAAGUGAUCAAGAUCACCACUGUAUUUGAUGGAGAGGAAGUUGAUCCUGUCACAGGGAGGGUGUACGAGUACAACAGUAAGUCUGGAGCCAGACGCUGGAAGGACGUCACCACUGUGUCUGAGUCUGUCCCUAUGAUACAGCCAGAGAGCAGCAGCAUGGUCAUUCCUCAUGGUCAGCAUGGUCAUUCUGCCCAAUCACAGGCUAGGAGUUGGAGGGCUAGCACUGGCCAAUCAAAAAUGAGGAGUGAGGGAGUAGGCAGGGCCACAGAGGAUAGAGGAUCUCCCUGGUCCAGUCAGAGCAGACAAACGUCUGGGCAGUCUGCAAGGUCUGCUCGGUUUGCUCUUUCAGAAGGAGGCGUAAAGUUAGAUAUGGUACCCAUGACAACUAGGGGAAGGCCCAACAUGUCUGAAGUCUGAUUCCUCACUGACAUAUAAUACACUACUUGUUUAGAAAUCUUUCAAAUCAUUAUUAUAGUGGAGCAUAGGAUUUUUGUUUUGGGAAAAAUGUUUAGCCUUUACAACAGUUGUGUAAACGUUUGUGAAGAUAAUGUACGUGCAGAGAUACUCAAAUACGUUGUACAUUAGUGCAAGCUGGGUCGGGGUCAUAAAAUGACCUGGUAACAGCUUUGUAAAUCAAGAUAACAGACAAAUAAAUAUAACCUGUCAACGCUUAUCUAGAUUAAAACUGCUCUGGCGUUGCUAUGUUACACAGACCGUUGCCGUCAUUCACCAAAGUCAAGUGUAACCAACUGUCCUACUGAAGAUACACUAAUCCUGCCAGCCUUCUUUCUACCAUAACUGUGUCUUUUGGUCUGUUUUGAAAUGCUCAGAGAGAAAAAAUAUAUAAUCACACAGAAAAUAAUCAAAUAACAUUUUCAUAAUUGCAAAGAAAGUUGCUAUAAUCUACUUUUUCAAUGUUAAAAGACGGAUCCUCCACAGGCCAUCAACUAACAGUUGGGCACUACAGUCAGACCCUUCAUCAUUGGUCAGGCCCUUUUCUUCACGCAUGGAAGUUCUCAGCAGUCAUAAGAGAAGAGAAGCAUCCGUGAUGCUCUUCUGGGAAGAGAAGCAUCCGUGAUCAUUUAAUCAUUAAAUCGCAAGGAUUAGACAAGCAAACAUCUUCCACAUUGCAGCCGACUUUGAAGUCAAGUCAAGACUGACUGAUCCACAAAUAAAUCACCUUGUAUCAUAAAUAUCUACUCAAUAUUUUUUUUUUUUAAAUUAGGUCAGUCACAAUUUACCCAUAAUACAUCACGAUUUUGAAGCAGUUUAACCACCACCCUGUGACUGAGUACUGGGUUGCUGUGUGUGGUAGAGGGGAGAUAGCCUGGCCCCACAUUUGUUUGUGCUGUCAGUAAAUGACCAUAUGAGUUGACAAAACAACACAAACAAAUCUGGAACCAGGCUAGAGGACAGAGCAAAACAUGUUGACGUGGUUUAAUUCAUAGGCUGUUGAAAUUGAGCAUUUAUAACAUAUGUGUUUGAGAGAAGUGAUUUGACUGAAUUCAACUCACAGCCUGUCUCCUUACUACUGUAACCAGCUUGAUGUGGCUCUAUUAUAGCCUAAAAAGGAAUUGAAUCGGGGUCCAGUCUCAAUUAGCUUAAGAAUACACCAAAGACGUCACAGACUUCAUCAAGGCAAUUCAUUGUCUGGGAUUGUCCUGAGAGAGAUACAAACACAAUAAUAAUAUCUAAUACAUUCAGUAUUGUACAUGAAAGAAUAUUCCAAGUGACCAAAGAUUCCAAGUGACCAAAGAUUCUAAAUGACCAAAGAUUCCAAGUGACCAAAGAUUCUAAAUGACCAAAGCAUAUUACAUGUCAGUGGACGGACAGAAAGCAACAUUGUGAUUAAAAAGCUAAAGGUUGAAGGAAACAGAUACAGUAAUAGAAUAAUAACUGUUUACAGACACAAAACAAAAAGUUAAUGUGACAAGAGCUACUCAGAUGAAGUAAAAAAAAUUUUUUUUUAAAGUUUGUCCCUGCAAGGGCACCAUACCACCUCUCCUCUGCGGGCACUGUUGCUGAUGAGGGCAGCAGUGGAUGGCGAAGGGGGGCUCAUAUAAGGUCUGUGCUCAAUCCCUAGGCUCUGGUGCAGGGCAGUCUGUCCAUGUCGUGCCAUGGGGUCUCUUUAUCGGGGACCCAGGUGUUGCCCACCCACAGAACCCCGUUCAGGGAACCACAGAUCUGAGAGAGAGAGAGAGAGAGAGGACUGUUAGGCUUUUUCUCAAUUUCUUAGAAAUCUGUCCUCUCCUUGGCUCUGCCUCCAUCUGCACUGACCCAGAAAAGAUUGACAUGGGAAAACAAUAUGGUGGAAGCUCAUCAUUAGGUUGGUUUUCACUCGAUCAGUUUAUUUUUUAGAUCAGUGGGGAGAUAGAGAGAAAAAAAACAUGGACUGAGAAAAGACAUUAUCUCACCACAGGCAUGUUGAGACCAUGCCCUGUCCUCGGCACUGUGCCAGGGUACACGCUGUAGACCCCUGGCCCAUGACGACGCACUCUUCAACCACAGGAUGGUUGAGAGCACGAUCACCACAAUGUUCUGCCAGAAUGGAAGGA